GUUUGUUCAAUUUCGCCGCAACACCCCCGAGACGCGUUUUGCACCAAUAUUUCAACACGCGAUAACUCAACAAUGCCACGACGGAUUCUUGCGCCGAUUAGCUCAAAUGAAAGGCGUGGAGCUGAAGUUUCUGACGGGAAAAGGCAUAUGAUAAUUGGUCGUUAUCUCGCAGGCCAGAAGAUCAAGGAAAUCCCAGAAGCCGAAUCGAUGAAACAUCACACCGUAUACCGGCUGAUACAACGAUACAAGGAGCGAGGAACACCCUCUGUUUUGCUACGAACCGGCAGGCCCCUUAAAGCGACGCCUCGUGACAUUCCUGCUCUGAAAAGGGUAGUCCUUCAAGAUCCUAAGUUGACCUUUGAGGCUCUCAAAAAGGAAGCCGACGUGGAUCUAUCUUCGACAAUAAUUAAGAAGGUUCUACGCGACGAAGGCCUAUACUACUAGCGUGCAAAAGGCCGGCUAGAGUUGACAGAAGCACAGGCUGCUUACCGGUUAUAAUAGGCCCUCCAACAUCGCGACACAGACUGGACUAAAUGGGUCUUUUCUGACGAGUGC